AAACAUUCCUACGCAAUUCUGGACAAACUGUCUGUAUAGAUGUUUUUCAAAAAAGUAUUCUAAAAAUGAUGUUUAAAAAACCGAAACUUAAUCCCACUGACAAAUUAUACGCAGAUGUUCGAAUGUAUGAUAUAAGACAGCUUUAUUUCUUACACAGUAUCACUCACUACCAUAAAUUUGUAAACUCCGACCAAAAAAUUAAACAAUCAUUAUACAAGAGGAAAGUGAAAUUUCCAGCAUCCAUUAUGGUCUGGGGCAGUAUGUCAUCAAAAGGAGUAGGAAAACUUCAUUUUGUUGACGAAAAUAUGGACACAAACAAAUAUCUGGCAAUUUUAGAAGAAUCGCUUUUACCAGUGAUGGAAGAAUGUUUGACAUCCGGCCAAGAUUUUAUGUUUCAGCAAGAUGGUGCAGCGUGCCAUACCUCAAAAAAGGCUAUAAAAUGGAUGGAAGAAAAUAAUGUACCACUAUUGAAAUGGGUUUCUAGCAGUUCAGAUCUGUCACCUAUUAAAACUUUGUGGCACGAGAUGAAAAAGAGACAAGUGAAAUUUCCAGCAUCCAUUAUGGUCUGGGGCAGUAUGUCAUCAAAAGGAGUAGGAAAGCUUCAUUUUAUUGAUGGAAAUGUGGAUACAAACAAAUAUUUGGCAAUUUUAGAUGAAUCGCUUUUACCAGUAAUGGAAGAAUGUUUGACAUCCGGCCAAGAUUUUGUGUUUCAGCAAGAUGGUGCAGCGUGCCAUACCUCAAAAAAGGCUAUAAAAUGGAUGGAAGAAAAUAAUGUACCACUUUUGAAAUGGGUUUCUAGCAGUCCAGAUCUGUCACCUAUUGAAACUUUAACACUUCGCAUCAUAAUUUAUUACUUUCAGAGACAAUUAUCGCAACAAGAAUACCUUGCUGAGUUACUGUCUGUUUUCGGCAACGAAGCGCCACAUCAGUCGACAAUUUCCCGUUGGUAUAGAGAAUUCAAACGUGGACGGGAAAACGUCGAUGCUGUGCGCAAACUCAUCAUUGAAAAUAGACAUGUGCCAUAUCGCGAGAUUGAAGCGUCCUUGAAGAUCUCAAAGACCUCAAUUCAAAAAAUUUUACAUGAAAGUCCUAACGAUUUCUUUACUUUCCCAAAAAUUAAAAACAGACUGCGUGGUCAAAGGUUCCAGUCACCAGAAGAAGCAUGGAAUAAGUGCUUCGAAAAUUGGUUCGAGUGCAUGCAGAUGUGUAUUACUCUUCGUGGAGAAUACUUCGAAAAACAAUAA